UAGUGGAAAAACCUUAAAAUUCGUUUAUUUAAUUAUUGUAAAGACUCAGUAAAGUGGUUAUAACUAAGUAUCAAUAACUUUUAGUGUCUAAAAUUAGGAACAAGUGCGUUAAAGUGUUGUAUGAUUUGUGCAUCAAAGUAAAGUUUAGAUUAGGCGUGUAUUAUUCUAGUUAGAGUGUUUCGGAGACCCCUGUGAUUGUAAAUACGGGAAUAAAGUGUUUGUUUACUAAUAUUUGGAAGUUAUAAAGAGAAUAAAAAUUAUAAAUCCAGCGUGGAGCUGCGUUGAAUAUGUCCGACAAUGAGCUGGACAUGAAAGAGGAGCCUCACGAGAUUGGCGACCACACAGACGACGGUCAGUACUAUGAUCUAACGCUACAGGAGAGCUGCUACAAGUUUCUGGAGGUCGAGAUCAAAGUGGAGAAGGACGCCGGCGCCGACCCCCUAGACCCCUCGGGGGAGCGGGGGGUCCAGGGGGAGCAGGUGCAGCAGGGGGGGCAGGGGGAACAACAGGGAGAGCAGCAGGAGGAACCGGGAGAAGUGUACGAGGCGAGAGAGUAUAGAGACAUGGAGCUCCGUCGUCGCAAGGCGUGCUCCAUGGUGGAGACGGACGACGAGUCGUCGCCCGUCGACCUCCGCAAGCGUCGGGCCCACACCGUCCGCCACGUGACCGACAGCAGCGGCGCGCGCGCCUACGGCUGUAGAUACUGCCAGUACGUCAACAAACGGAAGUAUCCUGUGAUACUGCACGAGAGGACGCAUACAGGCGAGAAACCCUACAAGUGCAACGUGUGCGACAACACAUUCAUCAGCAACAGCUAUCUGAAGCGACACCAGCGAGUGCACAGUGGGGAGAGGCCGUACCGCUGUCCGCACUGCGAACACACAUUCUACACCAGCGCUGACAUGAAGCGCCACCAGCGCACGCACACACAAGACCGACCCUACCCCUGUGAUAUCUGCAAAAGUGAAUUCUACACGAAAAGUGAUCUUAAAAAGCAUAAAAAAACCCAUACGGAUGAAAAACAGUAUAUAUGUGAAGUGUGCAAUCUGAGGUUCUUUACUAAUACUAAUUUGAAGACUCAUACGAGGACCCACACGGGGGAGAAGCCGUACCACUGUGAUAUAUGCAGCAGACAGUUCUCGACUAAUACAAAUUUAAAGACUCACAAGCGUAUACAUACAGGUGAGAAACCCUACCACUGUAAUAUCUGCAGUAGAAACUUUUCUACGAACACAAACCUGAAGACUCACAACCGCACCCACACGGGCGAGAAACCGUACACUUGUAAUGUGUGCGAUCGAAAGUUCUCCAUCAUCACAAAUCUGAAGAUUCACAAGCGAACUCAUACAGAGGAGAAACCGUACACCUGUGAUAUUUGCAAUACUAGUUUCUCUCAUCUCAAUACGUUGAAGACACAUAAACAGACACACAGAAACCUGCAGCCCCCUAUGCAGAUGCCCAUGCCCAACCCGCUGCUAAAUCCGCUCCUGAGCCAAUCGUUUUAACUUUGGACUUCUAAGGGCCAGCAGUGGCAUAGCUAGGCUCGCGUCGUAAAGGGCACACCUGAUUGUAUUUACUUAUUUGUUGGAGAAAUGUUGUAUUAAUUUAUCAAACUAUUUAAAUACUUUGUGAAUUGAGUUAUCUUAUCUCAAGUGAAAGAAGAAAAAAAAUAUAUCAAGAUGAAACUAACACUGAUUUAGCACUAAAUCUCCAAUCGCUUGAGAUAAAAUAUGUUUUAAAUUCGUUAUGUAUACAACUCCUAAAAAUUUUUAAAUAUUUACAGUACUAAUUUGCUUCUUUUUUAUAACUGAGUACUUUUUUAAUAUUACUUUCUUGCACUUGCCAACAUUCGAUAUUAUUAUUAGAUACAAUAAGGUGUUGCCCCUACCUAGCUACGCCACUGGUUCAGACUUGUAAAGUCAGAGGCAUCUAGCAAUUUUGUGUUACAAUACAUAUACAUGAUACAUACAGUCUAAUGAAAUAUAGUGCCUGAUAAUUAUACAAAACAUUGCAAUAAACUUUGUUAACAUUAUUAUAAUAGUAGAUUA